CAAAAGUCGAUCAAACACGCUGCGAAAGUCCGUCGCUCUUUCCUUGCUGUCGUCCACAGAGAGCACCGGUGCCUGAGACAAUGGCGAGGCCGUCGAUUCUCAUCUAUCCCUGGCAUUUGCUUUGACGUGCAGUCAUCGCUUCUAGCCUCGACCUCCGAUCCGCCAUUGUCCCGCUGAACCAUCUUUCCUCGUCUAAUGAAUAUGAAACGAGACCCGCCGCCUGUGCAAACUCCUCUACAUUAGACUCAUGUACGCAAUGCCGCGUACCUCCAAUUCCGUGUCCUCACGACGUCCAUCGGUUUUCUAUAAAACACUCUAUCACGUCUGUUGUUGAAGUCUUUCUUUCUCUCAUCUCAAUCCAUUCUCUUCAUCUUCGAGUCAAUCUUCGAUCAAUAUUAAACCCAAGACAGCGGGUUCUGUCUUUACUUUCUUUCGAAAAUGCUCUUCUCCCUUUCUACCAUCGCCGCCAUCUCGGCAUUUGCUUCUACUGCUCUCGGAGCUGCUCUGCCUGUCUCGGGCAACCCAAACACCAUCGCCAAGCGCGCUCUGUCUGGCGAGGCUACCUUCUAUGGUGGAAAUACUUCUGGUGGACAGUGUUCGUUUACCGAAUACACCCUUCCCUCCGGUGUCUACGGAAGCGCUCUCUCAGACUCCAACUGGAACAACGCUGCUAACUGCGGUGCUUGUGCCUCUGUCAAGGGGCCUAACGGCAAGAGCAUUGUCGUCAUGUUCACCGACCAGUGUCCAGGCUGUGGUCCCAAUCACCUCGAUCUCUACGAGAACGCCUUCACCGAGCUGGGUACCAAGUCUGCCGGUAUCAUUGACGUGACUUGGGACUACGUUGCUUGCCCCAUUACUUCUCCUCUGUCCAUCCACAUGAAGUCUGGAGUCUCGCAGUACUGGUUCUCUGCUCAGAUUGUCAAUGCUAAGCGUCGCACCACCAAGCUCGAGAUCAGCACCGAUUCUGGCAAGACUUGGAAGGCUGCUGCCAGAACCACCUACAACUUCUUCGAGAUCUCCAGCGGUUCGGGUGCUACCUCUGCCUGGAUCAGAGUCACUAGCGAGACUGGCUCGACUGUUACUGUCAAGAACGUUUCACAGACUGGGGAUGUCAGAGCUACUGCUACCGCCAACUUCGCCUAAGCAUAUUUGCAUUCGUGGCCACAGACACUCAACUCUACUCGGAUAUGGCUAAGCCACAAUUCCCUUGGGACUUGGUUUACGUGUCGCAUCUUAGAUAGUUAUACAUAAGUGGAAUUUUCUACCAAGUAUGUCCCUGUAUAUCAAUUGUCCAUGUUGGGUUGACGUCGUUUGCCCUUGACAAGCGGCAAUACCUUGACUAGAUCGUGACCCCGCCAGUGAUUCGAUCAUCGAGUAUAGGAUAUGCUUGUAUGCAGAACAUCAUUAC